UUCGAAUUGAAAGAAAUGCAAAGGCGUGAUAUGGAAGAGGCAGAACGUCGUGCAGCUGGAGCGCAACGGGGUUCAGUGGGCAAACAAGCGACGCCAGCUCGUGAACGUGUUCCACUUGAAGGCACUGCAGCCACUUCAAUGGAACGAGUCGGACCCGAGACUUCUGAUGGACCCGUGGAGCCUUCCAAGAGCAAAAUUUUCAAACUUGAUCCGUUAGAAAUAAGUUUAUCGUUUUUACUUUCUUGA